CGAACUUUUAUUUUGAAGCGGUGUUUACUGCGCCUUUCGUAAGGUCACGGUGUCUGCGCUCACGCCAACACGGUUUUGAACGCUAGUCGGAGAGGAGCGCGAGGAUUUCAGAGGCGGUGCCGCUGCCCGUGAGGACGCAGAAUGCAGACCAUUAAGUGUGUUGUGGUGGGCGACGGGGCGGUGGGCAAGACGUGCCUCCUCAUUUCGUACACGACGAACGCCUUCCCCGAGGAGUACAUCCCCACCGUGUUCGACAACUACAGCGCUCAGAUGAGCGUGGACGGCCGUACGGUCAGCCUGAACCUGUGGGACACGGCGGGGCAGGAGGAGUACGACCGUCUGCGCACGCUCUCCUACCCGCAAACUAACGUCUUCAUCAUCUGCUUCUCCAUCGGGAGCCCUUCGUCCCAAGCCAACGUGCGCCACAAGUGGCACCCGGAGGUGUCCCACCACUGCCCCAACGUCCCCAUCCUGCUGGUGGGCACCAAGCGGGAUCUGCGCUCGGAUUCGGAGACGGUCAAGAAGUUGAAGGAGCAGGGCAUGGCACCCACCAAUCACCAGCAGGGCGGCGCUCUGGCCAAGCAGAUCGGCGCCGUCAAGUACCUGGAGUGCUCGGCGCUCAAGCAGGAGGGCGUGCGGGAGGUAUUCGUGGAGGCCGUGCGCGCCGUGCUCUACCCCGUUACCAAAAAGAACACCAAGAAGUGCGUGCUCUUAUAGUCGCACGCCGACGCAUAUGAACUCGUGAACAAGCUGUGCAGGGGCCCAUCCUGGUGUUUGUAUCCAUCUCUUCUCGCUCUCUCGCUCUCUCAGACUUUCUGAUUUCUGUCUCAUUCCCUCGCCUGUUUUCUUUGAUUAAUAACAGUUUGUUGCCAGGUCCACUCGAUGAAAGAUAGAUUAGCAGUGGAUUAUUUCUACUGUCUUGACUCCUGUUUAGAUAAAUGUGCAAUAUAAUGAAGACUGAAUGAGGUCAGCACAUCAGACUUAACGUUUAUAGAUGUCCCAGCCAAAUCUACGGUGUGCCUUCAGAAUGAUUUUUUUAAUGCGCAAUAUUGUGUUUUAUUUGUAGCUGUUUGGCAGGUGGUAAAAAAAUGGAUUGUUUGGGUUGCACUAACAAAUGUGAAUUUGCAGGACGCAUUUUACUCCAAAAUCAGAAUUUUUGAAGACCGUUAAGAUUUUUAGGGAAACUCCAGUAAUGCAAAAAAUGUAAUUUCCCAUAAUGCAAGAAUGAAAAUCUUCCCCAGACACAGUGACUGAUUUUUUUUAAAUGAUUGUUUUCUAUAUAUACAGUACGACAAACAGUCACUCUGUACAUUUCCGAUUAUAUUUUACAAAUGCAAAAAGUCUUAAUGAUCCAAAAUAGAUGUUUUUAAUGCCAAAUCUGUGAUUUUGGGGUUAAAUAUGACUCGUGUUUUCUUCGAUUAACCCAUCAUCCUGAGAAUCGUGCCUUAUAUGCUUUUCUAAAGGGCUGCGUCCCGCUGCUAAACAAGUAUUAGUACUGUUGUCGCGAUGGCAGAUUUAGGCAGCGGCCCGUGUUUUUCUGUUCAGAGAUGGCCAGUCAGGUUACUCUGCAUGCCUUACUCGCGUUAACUCUUAUCUGCCGCCACGUCGGUGUGAUUCUGCCUCUGCGAGAGUCGCUGACCCUUUGUUCUUAGUGAGCGCCUCAUUCCUCAGAGCCAACGAACGCCUCGCCAACACCAAAGCUCUGAUGUGUCUUUCCAGCCCAAAGACUGAGCAGCAGGCAUGCUAAUCCGCCGGGGCCAUAGUACAAACCCUGCGCGGACGCACGCCAAACCGCGUUCAACGUAUACGUGUCUCGUUCAAGGGUGGUUGUUGGGGUUUAUGUUAUUAUUAACCAACGAGUUUCAUUUGUGUUUUUGCAUGUUCAAAAAGAGGCCCGAUGUUGUCUGUAUUUCAGUAUCCUCAUCUCACAUACAUCAAGAUGAUUUUCAGUGUUGUCGUUUUGAUAGAAGUGUCUUUACAUCUCAACGCAGUGAAUAUGACAGUGAGCUGCAGGCCUUAUGGGGGUUUGACGUGACGUUUUAGCUUUCAGAACUGGAAGUCGUGGUUAAACAUUUUGCAAAACUGACAUGGUGUGGCAACCUGUGACUAGACAGCCAAAGAUUUUUUUUUAAUCGCCUUGUGUUUUAACUUCUUGCUUUUUCUGAACUGUCUGCCAAACUUGGCCAAAGAGUGCCUUUGGAUACAAAGAUGUGUUGUAACUGGACUCGUGUUCGCGUGACCAAUCUGUCGUUAAACCAGGACAGUGUCUCGACUAAUCAUUCCUUACUUAGUGUUCAAUUCCCAAACUCCAUGUAAGUGUUGUGCUGUGUAAGGGAAAUGAAAUCUGUGCAAGUGCUGAUAUCACUAUUAGGUGUGCUGGUGGUGAAUGACGAGCGAUUGUGAGAGUCAACUGCUUUCUGUUUCAUCUUUCAGAGCGAUAGCAGGCAGUUCACGCGCGCGCUGUCUGUGCGUCUAUGGUAUGUGGUACUACAUUUAUACACUGGGAACUCGAUUUUUUUUGUCAAAAUUGCCUUUUUAUAACCAAAAUAAAUUGUAUAAAUGAACUAACCGUGAAAUUAUUAAAUUAUGCUAAAUAAAUUUUUACACACAG